AGGAAAUAUUUCAUUAUUAAUAGUUUAACAUGAAGCCGUAUUUUCCGAAACUGAUAAUUUUAUGGAUCUUAUUUUAUAUUAAAGACAUGGCAGCUUCAGAUUCCGAGAUCGUAACUAUUAUUGCUGGUGUUCGAGCAACACCAGGUGAAUAUCCAUGGCAUGUGAUUUUAAAAAGAUUUCGAGAAGAUUUAUUGUUGUGUGGCGGUUCUGUUAUAAGCAGUACAUGGGUUUUAACAGUUGCUCAUUGCAUUGUAGACCUGGAAUCUGUUUUUUUGCAAUUUGGAACUGUAGAGAUCUUCUCCAAUGCCCCUGGUAUGACUUCUAUGAGAUUGAUUAUACAUCCAACAUAUAAUCCAUAUUAUCCACCUCAAAGUGAUGAUGUAGGACUUAUUGAGUUACCUACACCAUUGACCUUUAAUACUUUUAUUCAACCCAUUCCUUUGGUAAAUACAGAAGAAGCUGCAAUCAACGAUUUUAUUGGCGCUAUAUCAUUUAUGAGUGGUUAUGGUUUUUACAACGAUAAAACUCGACGAUAUUCACCAUGGCUAUUAUGGGGUGCUGAGGAAGUCGUCAAUAAUAGUGUUUGUGCAGCCAGAUAUGGACAACCAAAAGAUUCACAGAUGUGUACGAUUGGUUAUACGGCUGACAGACAGCAUCCAUGUAAUGGCGAUUCUGGUGGAGCUUUAGUUUGGAGAAAUAGUAUGCGUACGCUUAAACAAAUUGGCAUAUAUUCUUAUGGAGGUUUUUUGAAUGUUCAAAAUUCCCUUCAGCUUAUAUGAGAGUUUCUUCGUAUUUAGAUUAUAUUAGUAAUAUAACGGGUUUAAAUUUUGAUUAAUAAAUAUAAAGUUGAAGAUGGCGUAAUACAUGUUGGUCCAUUGUAUUUUAUAAAAUUCAAUGUACUAAAUCUUAUAGAUAAGUAGAUUUAUAUAGAAUUUUGUUUGAAUAUUUUUAAG